ACGAUUAUUAUGUUAACGCUGCGCACUUUGACACCUUAGCACCUAAUAAUCCGAUUUUAAUCGUUAAUAACCCGACCGCUACUACCAUUCCUGCACCGAGUCCCAUCGUUACUUCUUACUCUCCUCAUACGUCAAAUAUCAGAGAAAAUCCUUUGAUGACUACACCGACAGUUGUAUCAAUCCACUCCCCUACUCCAAGUUUGGUAACUGAUGAUGACCAAGAUCAUCAUCAUCAAGAAGUUUUAUGUCGAGAUAUCCAAAAACAUUCUCAGAAUGAAUUAGUAUUUCAAUCUCGAUCUCCAAGAACUGUUCAAAAUGGUCACAAAAAUGAUAAAAAUGGUUUAAACGGUCAAGAAUCGCUCAAACAUCCAUCUCCGAAUGACAUUUAUGGCAUUUCUACAAAGAAGCUCGGCGAGCAUUUAUCACCUGUUAAAUCAGACGACGCUAGUGUUGUCGAUGAACUGAACUCCACUCAACCCACACCGCCUCCUUCCCAUCAAACAACACCGACUCAGAAAAAACGUCGUGUUAAUAAAAAAACUGCUAUGAAUAAUAUUACUGUAGUUCAAAAUACGACAAAUAAUACGUUAACCUCACCAAUUGAGGAGCCAACCAUGUCUCAAGUGCAUAAUACCAGUAAUGCAUCUUUUUCUUCGACAAGAAAUGUUUCCAUUGGUGGAAAUAAAAAACGUGCUGCCGAAGAUGCAGAAGAAACUGCAGAAGAAAAGCGUCGCAAAUUCUUGGAAAGAAAUCGCAUCGCUGACUGGGGACAAGAUUUAAAGAAUAAAGCUGAUUCAAUCAUUGCAAAGAACAACCAACUACAUGCAUUUGUGAAUGAUCUCAAAGAAGAGAUGUUAGCACUUAAGAAUCAACUUCUCGCGCAUCGAAAUUGUGAUUGCAAUAUUCUUCAAGAGUAUAUUAAAAACGGUGGGCACUCUACAUUUGAAAGAUCUUCAGCUCAAUCUUAUAAUUCUUAA